AUGAAUGGAAACUCAACUCGGCCUUUAUAUUUCAUACUUGCUGCCUACUUUGACACUGGGCUUUUUAGAUAUUUAAACUUUCUUAUUAUCAUAUCUUUAUAUAUUUUAAUUAUUUGCUCCAAUUUAUUUCUCAUCAUGGUUAUCUGCAUGAACAGAAGCUUACAUGAACCUAUGUACAUUUUCCUGUGCAGCCUGUUUGUAAAUGAACUGUAUGGUAGUACAGGGUUGUUUCCACUCCUGCUGGUUCAGAUCCUCUCUGAUGUUCACACUGUUUCUGUUCCCUUCUGUUAUCUGCAGAUUUUCUGUGUGUACUCUUAUGUGUGUGUAGAAUUUUUCAACUUAGCCAUCAUGUCUUAUGACAGAUAUCUCGCUAUAUGUUGUCCACUACAAUAUAACACACGUAUGACAAAUAACAAAACUGCCACACUUAUUGUUGUGACCUGGUUUUGCUCUUUUCUUGUAAUUUUUGUCACAACAUUCUUAAGUUACUCUUUGGAGCUGUGUGGGAACAUCAUUGAUAACCUUUACUGUUUAAACUACUCCAUUGUGAAACUGGCCUGCUCUGAAACCAGAGCCAAUAACAUUUAUGGACUUUUUGCCACUUUUCUCACAGUGUUUGGUGCUUUAAUUUUAAUCCUUUACACAUACAUGAAGAUUCUUAAAGUGUGUUUUUCAGGUUCUAAACAGACGAGACAAAAAGCUGUGAGUACCUGCACACCUCACCUGGCUUCUCUCAUCAACUUCUCCUUUGGUGUUUGUUUUGAAAUAUUACAAAGCAGAUUUGAUUUGAAAGGUGUGCACAGUAUGUUGCAUAUUGUUUUAUCCUUGUAUUUUCUGACGUGUCAGCCGCUCUUUAACCCUGUGAUGUACGGACUGAACAUGACCAAAGUCCGUACUAUAUGUAAGUCUGUUUUAAAAUUCUGUCGGAAAGUGAAUCAGAUUGAUUGAAAGAAACAACAAAUCAAUUAAUAUCCGCUGCUGACUUUGUGCAUGAAAAGGUCAAAUUAAACAUUCAUGUUUGUGGGUUAGAGUGUCAUAUUAGGAAAUACUCUAAUGAGCAUUAAUCAUGCACUUGUUUUUGGUAAACAAGAAAUAAAAUGUAUUUGCUCAG